AUGGGUGAGGACCAGGAGAUCGUGCUGGUUCCCUCGGGGACGGUGUUGGUUGAGCACACGCCUUCUGGUAAGCCGUUUGCACCAUGGAGACCAGGAGACGACAACGGCGAGCCAGACAAGCAAGGAACGGAGGGCGAUACAACAAAGUUCACGGCACGCUGCUUGUCAGAUAUUCUGCGCCUGGUAUCGCCAUUGCUCAACACGUCACUCGAUCGUCGUUGGGUGGGUUGGAAAGAAUCAGGCCCCGACAACCAAGGGAUCCGCCACGUAGAGCUGAAAGGGUUUGAUUCGGUAGCACUGCACCAUGUGCUAAACAUAUUGCACCAUCAAGCUGACCUCAAUCCGGAACGUCUCACGGUGGAAGGGCUGGCGAAGAUGGCAGUGAUUGUACACCACCUGGGAUGCCAUCAGGCGUUUGUGCCGGUGAGCAAGGUUUGGGCGGCGGACUACCAAGGGCUUCCGAAAUCGGGAUUCAGCAGAGACGUGGUUUUGUGGCUGCUUGUGUCGACGGUAUUUGCGAUGAGGCCCAUCUUCGACUCGGCGGCCACGAUGGUGAUCAAGGAGGGAACUGGCCCGCUAGAUACGCUUGGUCUGCCAAUUGAGGAAAGGGUAGUUGGUGAGUGGUCCGAGGCGAUUGUCUUUUCUAUGCUCUUUAUAUUUUGCCUCAAAAUGCUAGGUGCCAAGACUAACAGCUGGGUCGCUCGGCGUUGGUAG